AUGACACGACCGUUGCUCGGAAUAAUCCCUCAUGAAAGACUAGCAAAUUGCUCUGCACCAUGUGAUCUGUUUUUAUAUGCAAAGAAGUGGCCUAAAACACAUAAAAGCACAACACAACAACAUCAUCAUCAUCACCAUAUGCUCAACUACAAAUUCACCAUCACUCUCUCUAAAGCUAAACCAAAACAUAAACAAAAAAAAAUGAAAAACUGUGAGCUAUGCAACUCUCCAGCAAAAAUGCACUGUGAAUCAGAUCAAGCCAGCCUCUGUUGGGUGUGCGAUGCCAAAGUUCAUGCAGCCAAUUUUCUUGUUGCUAAACAUUCAAGAACUCUUCUCUGUCAUCUUUGCCAAUCUUUCACUCCCUGGACUGCUUCCGGACCUAAUUUAAGGCCUACCGUUUCCGUCUGCGAUAGCUGCGUAAAUCGCUCAAACCGUGACGAUAAUGAUGAGGAAGAGGAAGAAGAAGAUGAAGAUAGUAGUGAGGAAUCUGAUGAAGAUGAAAAUGGGGAUGGUGAUAACGAAGAAAAUCAAGUGGUUCCAUUGUCCUCUUCGGCCGUAGCGCCCCCGUCCGCUUCGAGUUCUUCGAAUAGUGAGGAUCAAGAAAGGGGUAGCAGUAGUGAUCAAGAAUUGCAUUUUCUUGGUAUUAAUUGA